AUGUCUCAACCCUCUCUCGCGAAAUUCGUUAUCAAGCGCCCAUGGCUACAUAACUGGCUGAAGCCACUGUCGCAGUGGUAUGCCGACUCGGCAGGUUACAGAAAGCUCGGUCUGAGAGCCGAUGAUUUGAUACCUGAAGAGAACGAGACCGUCCUGCUCGCUAUGAAGCGCCUGUCUCCAAAGGAACAAUACGAUCGUGUGUUCCGCAUGCGCCGUGCUUUCCAGUGUUCCAUCCAACAUCAAUUACUCCCAGAGGCAGAACAGACCAAGCCUGAGGAGGAUGUACCGUAUCUUACUCCACUUAUCAAACAGAUUGAAGCCGAGAUGGCGGAGAGGGAAGACCUGGACAACAUUGUUAUCACGAAACCGAAGGUGGCCAAGUCAUAA